UCCCGGCCCAAGAAAAGCUGCCCGCUCAUCUUCGGACGUCCCAAAUCUCAACGCAUCUGCGUCUCUCAACCUCGCCUCAACCUCUGCCCUCCAUCCCUCCCGUGCGUUCGUCGAAAGGAAAACCCUCUCCGCUCCAAACAACCCACACUCUCGCGUGAAUUGAGAUCACUUCUCAAUCGAUCCUCCGAAUCCGAGACUCCGACGACAUAUACACACGAAAAGAAAAGCUUAGCUUUCAAAAGUCCGUCACGAUGGCCCCCACCAACAACUUCUUCAAGGCCGCGCGCCCUGCGUUCCGCCAGCAGGUCUUCGCCGGCGCCCAGAUCCGCAACGCUUUCCGUACCUCCCAAUUCCGCGCCCAGUUCCGUGAGAGCUCCAAAAGAUGGCAGAGCUCGACCGCGUCCGCCGAUGCCCAGGUCAGCUGGUUCAAGCGCAUGUGGGACAGCCCCAUCGGAAUCAAGACGGUGCACUUCUGGGCCCCUGUUAUGAAGUGGGCUCUUGUCCUUGCCGGUGUUGCCGACUUUGCCCGUCCCGCCGAGAAGCUGUCUCUCACCCAGAACGGUGCCCUGACGGCUACUGGUAUCAUCUGGACCCGCUGGUGCUUCGUCAUCAAGCCCAAGAACUACCUUCUUGCUGCUGUCAACUUCUUCCUCGGUGUUGUCGGUGUCGUCCAGUGCUCCCGUAUCCUCAUGUGGCAGCAAUCUCAGAAGAGCGUUGGCGACCUGGCCAAGGACGUCAAGGAGGACGUUAAGGAGGCCGUGUCUUCCUAGACCUAGAAUCGCAAAUGCCGAGCAAAGUGGGGUACAAUAAGGGGUCCAUGGGAGGUACGAGGUAAAGUUGCAGUAUGGUUCCAAACUGACGUACCAGCUGCGGCCACGAUCCAGAGACAGUCGCGGAGGCAAGAGGAGACGGCGCAGAGCGCAUCGGACUACCCACCCUGUCAUGUCAUGUCGUGCAUCAGACACGUCACGCUUCCCAGAUCUGGUUUCUAGACACUUCCUUUUUCUAAUUCGAUAUACAAGAAGGCCAAUGUUUCACGGCCCAAGAGACUGCAAGGAGAAAGAAGCGAACCACGUUCUUGACCCGAAUCAUGCGUUAUAGUCCUUGUACUGUAUGUGCUUCAUUCGAAGAGUUUAUCCAUACGGAAACGCCCAAUGGGUCCCCGCGGUAGCAUUCCGCUUUUCCCCGCGGAGUAACGUGACUAGGAGACGGCUC